CAAAAACCCAGGAGUACAGAAAUUGUCUCAGCAUUCUCUCAAAAAAAUCAGACAGAAAUCAAAUGGCGUUUUUGAAACUGCUCUUUUUCUCCUUCCUAUUUCUCAAAAUUUUCUUAACAAUUUCAUCAAAUGGAGUUGCUGCUGAUCCAGAACCCAUUAUUGUUGAAGAAAGCGACGUCGUUAUUACAAAAGUUUCAGACUCAGAUUCAUCUAUCAGACUCCAACUUGACCAACUCAACUCCAAGAUUUCCCUUUUAGAGUCCCGCAUUGACGAGAGCACUUGUGAACUGAGAAGGAAGGAUGAGAGAAUCAAGGAGCUGGAGAAGACAAUCGACUUUAAAUUAGCCAAAAUUUGCUUCUUUGCAAAGUGAACUUCAGUUACUUCAGGAAAAAGGAUCUUUGAAUGCAAACGAGCUGGUUGCUAAGGCUAAUGUGCGUGCCAUUGAACUCGAGCGCCAGAUAGAUGUUCUUAGAAGGGAUAUAGAAGCAGAAAACAAGAAGAAAGAUACUCUGGAAACCAGUACAAAUGUAGCGGACGAGAAAAUGCAGGAACUGAAUCUUAAACUUGAAAGGGUUAAAGAAGGAUGGCUUCCACCUUGGCUUGCUGUUCAUCUUGUACACUUUCAGUCAAUUGUUACGACUUACUGGAAUGAGCAAGGAAUACCAGCUUUGGAUCGGACCAUAGAAAAGGCCCUGGAGACCAAAUCUGAAGUGGUAAAGUUGGUGGUGCCUCAUAUUCACUCAUUUAGAACAAAAUGGAUCCCAGGUAUGAAAGAGCGUUCAGUGGAAUUUGCUCGUGAUGCCGGACCUCAUAUACAGAAGCUUAAGACUAAGACAAUCGACCUUUCUCACACAUCCAAGACGUUUAUGGAACUACAUAUUGUGAAAGCACAGGAGGUCAUCUAAUCCUAUUUUGAGCAAGCUAGGAAUUUCACAACCCUUAUGUUGACCAAGUUUCACUGGUGAUGAAACCUCAUAUUGACAACGCAUGGAUUCUCUUGCAACCUUAUGGGAAGAAAGUGCAUCGCCAUUAUAGGAAAGUCAAGAAAACCGUCAGUUUAUAUCACCGCAAUUUUCCCUACCUCAGUAUCCUGUUGGUGCUGCUUUUCUGUGAUGUGCCACCCUUGAUUUGCUUUCUUAAUCACUUAAGAUCUAGAGUGAUUCCUGCUCGAACUUCUGAUUAGUGAUUAUUAAACAAACUUACAGUAAUUAUUACCUCAACGCUGUGAACAUGAAAAACAUGAUUUUUCCUUGUGGAGUUCAUGUUGUCUAGGUACAUUGUGUUUUUCUCAUUUGGACGAUGUUCUGUCCCUUCUGAAUCCUAUGAAGGAAAUUGGAAAUCUAACUUUUUUUGUGAUU